ACCGAUAUCAUUGUCUGGUUUAUACAACCGAGCUUAUUACACCUGAGAUGAUCGAACUGAUAUUUGCUAAUCAAGGUAAUACGUUCCUUGACGAUCAUAUUUCAUUCACUUCUCUAAAGUUUAAAUAUGAUGUGCAGUGUUCGUAUUUGACUGAAAACGACGUGUUUUGUUAUUGGCGAUAUUGGUUACAGGUGUAAAAAUGUCUAGACCUGGUGGUCGGAAGGAGAGAGAUGGGGCAAAGAACGGUGCUCUCGACAUUAACGAACAGAUAAUUAAAACGAAUGCCCUCUUGGUUGACACACUCGGAAAAUUAUCGAGAGCUGAAGACGAUAUAAACAGCUUACAAGAAGAAAAAAAAGAACUUGUUGACGAAAAUAAGGAACUUAGUAAACAGAAAAGUGAAAAAUGCGAAGCACUUGAGAAAACAAUUGCAGACCUGGAGAAGGAACGACAUCGUCUGCGUGAUAGAAUUGAGAAACUUGAAAGUGAGAUAGAUGUACUAAAAGAAAGAGUGAGGUCCCUUGAAGAAAAGUGUUCUGCUACUGACGCCAUCUAUAGCGGAAGUGACGAAUCAGGAGAACGACCUUUAAGAAAAAACAGAAGUAUCAAGUCAAUAGAAGAGGCAAACGUUUGUCUGGAGAGGGAAAAAGAAACGCUUCUAACGGAAAUAGGAGUUCACGAGCGGGAAAUAGCUCAACUUGCAGAGCGUGUCACAGCAAACGACCAGCUUGUCGACAGCAUGAAAAACGACAACAGAUGCCUUGCUAAGAAAAAUGAGACGUUGAGCAAGGCAACUGAAACAUAUGUAAAUCAAAUAAAGCAGCUUCAGCAGGAACGUGAUGAGCUCCAAAGAAUAAACAUUGCAUCUCAAGAGGCACAGCUUGGAAGCGAUUCUGAUAGUUUCCGUGUCGGAACAUCGUUCAAGAUGGAAAAAAGAGACUUUGUUUGGAAACCAAGAAACAAAGACUCCGUAUCAUCAAUCGUUUGCUGUAUGGAGAUUUGCGAAAAAAGUGGAUACAAGUUUAGACUUCCAUAUAAAGAUACUUCGGGAAGAACUUCUAGUUCUAUUUGGGCUUCCGAGGGCAGGGAAGUUAGUAAGUACCAACCGACUGCUGUGUUAUUGGAUCAAUCAAUGCAACUUAUGCAUUUUGGAUGGAAGGCAGAAGACAGCUACGUAGGGAUGCUACAGCAAGGACGUGACGACUGUUACCUGUUUCGCUUAAAACCUACUAGAAAUGUAAAGGAACAAUCACUUUCUGACGAACGAAAUGUAAAAAGUGUUAGUGUUUCACAGGUUUAUCAAAACGUAAUUCAAUGUCUCAAAGAUCAUUUUAUGGAAAAGUUAAACCUCUUCAAGUUAGGAAUUGGAAUGAGCGAUAUAAUGUGGAUACUCAUUGUUCCGGAAGAAUUUUGUAACCAUGGAUUUAAUUUCAUGAAAGAUGCGGCAAUGCAGGCGGGUCUUCCGGCGGCCAACCUUGCGACUGUGAAUGCAGCAAUUGCUUCUAUCGUUUACGCUGAACACAUGGACGAUGAGGACCAAAGGUGUUUGAAUGUACUAGGAACGAACAUUGUCGUUGUUGAGGCCAAAGAAACUGUGCAUAUAACUGUUUAUCAACGCGGGAGGGAAGAAGCACUACACGAGAUCUUAGCUUACAAUGACUUGACUUGCGGAAGAGGUAGCGUUGAUGCCGCCUUUGAUAACUUUUUUGUGGAGAUUGUCGGAUCAGAGGUGUGGUCAAAGUUUCGCUCAGACGAUCCGGUCGAGUUUAUGGAUUUUCAAGAACGUUUGCGUCGUAAAAGAAGAGUCAGUCGGUGUGAAGGUCAACAGAUUGUCAUCGUUCUUCCCACAUCGUUGUUGUCAUGUUUUGAAAAGUGUACAAAAUCACGGCUUUCAGAUGCAAUAAAAACCACAACGUAUGCAGAUCUAGUUAAUGUCGUUAACCACAAACUUAGAAUAGAGUCCGUCGUUUGGAAUGGUUUAUUUCAAUUAUGUAUUGACACAAUGAUCAGCAACAUCCGGACAGUUUUAACGAAUAAAGCUGUUUCCAGGGAUGCUAUUCUUCUGUUAGUUGGGGAUAUUGCCGAGAUUGAUCUCGUACAGAAGGCUGUCAAGAAGGCCUUUUCAGCCAAUCGCGUUAUUAUUCCCAACGAUUGCAGCUUAAGUGCGAUGGAAGGCGGUGUAAUGUAUGAACAUCUGUACGAGUUGCAUCAACGCUAAGAAGUGAAGAUGUACAUAAGUAGUUUUCGAAAUAUUGAUACAUGUUGAUAAUUUGUUGUAUAAAAGUAAGAAAAUGUUGAUGAAAAAAAGACAAUAUCGGUAUAUUUCACACGAUCGAUUUGGUGAGUAAUUGCACCCGAAACGCUGUCAACGCCUCGAGGACAGAGUAUGGUUGGUAGCUUUCAGUGCCCUGUAAUGCCCAAUGCUAACCUUAUAUAAAAUAUCCCUUGUACUGUUCUUCUGUUAAAGAAUUAUCUGUUUAGUUUGUGUUUUGUUGUUGUCAUUAAUGCGUUUUCUUUAUUUAUUUGCCUUUUUUUUGUUUGUGAACUAUGUGCAUAAACUUGACAGGUCGAUAUAUGGUAUAUACUAGUGUUAGGAAUCGAAUACUAUCUAUAAUCGGUUUAUGAAACCGAUCAUUAACGAUUAUUAAUCAUUAUUUAAUCAUAUUUGGUCAUCAUUUAAGGCAUACAGAUAAAAGCAUGCAUCAGUUUUGAGCACCAAUGUAACCUUACAAUAUUGUGUGUACAUUUCAUUGUAUAAAUUACAUUAUUUAUUCAGAACCCAACUAUCCUUUAAAGAUUACAAGUUACUAUUACAGAACAUGGGACCAACGGGUCUAAUUUUUGUCUUACAUUUAGUAGUGUAUACAUUUGUAAAUAAACACAAAGGAAGA